CAUUUGAGAACACGGAAAUAUUCGCGCUGCAGGUCGAGCAAUCAGGCGACGUGAAUCUGAAGGGGGGAGAUAACAUUUAGCGAGGGACACGUGUUGGACAGUGACUCUAGAGCUCAGGGUCUACUUAGCUCUGAUGUCUUUGCAGCUAGAAGACAAUUAUCUGCAGUAGUUCCUGUUUUCUGUUUGUAACGGGCCAGGGUGUACUUAUUGAAACACCAUGAGGACAGUUUUUGUGUUGCUUAUUUUGUUUCAUGUGGCAUCUACAGUGAAACACUCCCUGGAAUAUCUUUUCACCUCCUCCAGUGGACUCGAGGAAUUUCCAGAGUUUGUUGGUGCUCUGAUGGUUGAUGGAGUUCAGCUCUCAUACUGGGACAGCAACAGUAAGACAGUGAAGACGGAUGACUGGACGACAGAAUUCAUGAGAGACAACCCAAACCAUCUGCGGUGGUAUUCAAGGGAGUGUUUGAAGAAUCAGCAGGACUUCAGAUCUCUCAUGGGCGGCAUCAGGCAGCACUUAAAUCAAAGUGAAGGUGUGCACGUUUUACAGAUGAGAGGUGGGUGUGAGUGGGAUGAUGAGACUAGAGAGACUGCUAGUUUUAUAAAGUAUGGUUAUGAUGGAGAGGACUUCAUGGCUCUGGACACACAGCAGUUAACAUGGAGGGCUGAAACAUCUCUGGCACUGCCUACCAAACUCAUAUGGGAUGCUGACGAACCUAGAUUAGAGUACAUAAAUCACUUCUACAUCAAUGACUGCCCCAGACGACUGAAAAAGUAUGUGCCCUAUGUGAGAGAGGUUAUCGAUCGAACAGUCCUUAUCACAGUGUCUCUCGUCAAGAAGGCGUACUCCUCUUCAGUCAGCUGCUUCGCCACAGGUUUCUACCCUGACAGAGCUGUGAUGUUCUGGAGGAAAGAUGGAGAGAAGCUUUAUGAGGGCGUGGACUACGGAGAGAUCCUCCCAAACAAUGAUGACACCUUCCAGAUGACUGUUGACCUGGAACUUCCCCUUGAAGACUGGAAGAAGUACGAGUGUGUGUUUAAGCUUGAUGGAGUGAAGGAGGACAUCGUCACCAGACUGGACGAACUGCACUUUACUAGUGCAGAUUCCAACGAUGGGUCGUAUGUGUCUGUUGUAAUUUUUGCUGUUCUCCUAAAAAUCUGCCUGAUCGGAUUCUUGAUUUGGAGAAGAAUGAAAAGAGUGACGAGGACAUCUACGCUGACCGUACUUUUGUUACCUGACAGUCCCUAGACAUCUGCUCACCUUCUCAUCCCCCCUCCCACCUUAAUCAUCAGAGAUUCAAUGGUCAGUCACAUCGAUCGUGCGAAUGCCAUCGCUCACUGUUUCCCCAGAGCCACCAUCCCCAUGAUCCAGAAGAAACUCCUGCACACCCCGCGUGACGAACAUCGUGCUUCAAGCUGGAACUGACGACAGCACUUUCUGAAAAUCCGAAUGUAUCAAAAUGGAUUUUAAUUUGCUUUUUAAUGUUUUAAAGAACACAAGAAAGACUGUUUUUAUCUCCACCAUCAUCCACAACUACGAAGAGGAGCGCCUCAACAACCUCUGGGAUCUAAACAAAUGGCUCCAAACCUCCUGCACCACCUAUACUUUACUUUAAUAGAUGGUUUUGAUAUUUUAUGAGAUCUUGAGUCACCCUUCAGACAUUAUGGGAUUGAUCCUGAGAGGCGGGGUAGCUGAUUGCUGUCCUAAAGCUUCUUAUAGACCCUGUAAAGUCAAAUCCAUAAUUUGUGUCUUAACACAAUAGAUAUAUUGGAAUAUGGUUGCUGUAAACAUGAAAACACUGAAAUCUACAUGACUGAAUUUUGGAUUGAGCCACAUCUCUCCCUCACAAUAAUCCCUGGUCACUCGAACGCACCGCUCCCUCAAACCACACCCACAUCCCUGCUCCUCUCCACACUCCCUCCCCACAGUCUCCAAAUCCCCGUCCACACCACCAGCAGACAAUCUCACCCACCAGCUAUCCGACUUCUCCAAUUUAAUCCAAAUCCACCUGCCAGCGCUCUGUGCGUCAGACCACAAACCAUGUCUUAUUUAACAUGAUUUUAUCUCAGCCAAGUUCUACUGAUAAUGCACCUGUUUCUUAGAGAGAUUUCAAUUCUAUGUCUGCUGGUAGGUGUGAGGAGAUUUAUGAUUCUGUGUCUUUAACUGCCAAAAUUUUAACACAGAAGAGCUCGUCCCUCUUUUUACCCAUGCUUGUAAAUCUGCCCUGGACUCUGUUGCCCCUUUUAAAGAGAAAAAGACCCAGUCACAGGUACAGCAGAGUUUAUUUCAGCACAGGCCUUGCAGGCUGUCUUUGUACCA